CGGCAAAGAUGAUGAACAAGAAACGGCCGCCCGUAAGAAUCAUACUGAAGCUGCAGGUACAGGAUCUAAUACAGGUGCAGGAGCUCCUCCUGCGCAACAGCAACAUCCGCGUGAAGAGGCUGAAAAGACGAGCCAAAGCAGAAGUACCUCUGGAACUUCGGGCGCUCAAAAUAACCGGCAGCAUGCUGGCGAUCCACUUGAUAAGAUCGAUCAAACACCGUCAGGUUGUUGUGCUACAGGAUCCGAUAGUACAGGAGCUGCAGGACCUACUUCUCCUCCUCCUGCGCCAGAACAGCAAUCUAAUCAUGAAGAGGCUCCUUCUUCUCUAGUUGAUAAUAUCGCCGGACUCUGCGACCAACUGGCGCAGGUCUGCAUCAGGAAUGCUCCGAUUGAAGAUGAAAGUCCUGCUCUUGUUAUGGACCCAAUUGUUCAUCUCGGCAAGACCGCUAGUCGUGCAGAAGAUGUAGUUGCCAAUACCAAUGCCAGUGCGGAGCAGCAGGCGAGCCGCAGUAGAAGUGCCUCUAAAACUACUUCGGGCGGCGCUCCGCUUCAAUAUGCUGGUGGUGGUCCUCCUGGCAAGAUCAACCAAACGGCGGCGCAGCACCGUAUCGAGUGCAAAUAUGUCUGAGUCUGGAAGGUUGAGCCUGUAUUGCAUGUUCCGCAUUCCUAAAAAAUCUGUAUUGCAUAAGCAGCAAAUAGAGCGCCACGACACGUUCGUCAUGCAAAAGCGCAGUUCGUAAUGCGUUCUGCGGAUGAGAAAGCGUUUGAAACAUUUGUCAUGCUGCACUGCACUUACAGGCACAGUCAAGCAUGACCAUUCAGCAUUACAAGUUUUUCGACAUCCAGGGAUAUUUGCAAUCCUCCAUAGACCACCAUGAUCCACAACUUCCCCCGCUGAGUUCUUCCGACCCGACGUUGAUGACAACUACAGGAGCUGCGUCACCGGACCUUUUUGCCCCCGAAUGGGAACAAGAAGAGGAACAAGGGCGGCCCCUGUGGUCACGCGCGAUGUCCGAUGAAAUCUUGCAGAUGCGAUCGAGAAGUUCGUGUCGCCAACAACCUGCGGACGGGCGAGGACGUCCACCUACUGGGGAAGUUGCUUCAAAUGUUGACCCAGAGCUCCUGCAGCAAGAAGAGGAAGACCCCCUGGAGGCUGCGAUGGCUCGAACUCUGUGGCACCGUAGCGUUUCCGACCGCCCAGCCACAAGCACGGGGGCUUUGGAAGCAGAUAGCAAAACUGGGGGUCUUCAUCUCACGUCAAAUUACAAGGAGCUCCUGAAGACGAUGCAGAUGGACUACAAGAUAAACACGCCGGCGAAAGUUCCGAGUAGAGUCGCGGCGGAUCCGCUCUAUAAUUUUGGCACGGGACGAGCAGGUGUAGUGGCAAGGACGGAGAGUGGCGGGCGGG